CGCCCCGCCGCCUCUCGGAGCGCUGGUGAGCAGCGCAGGCAGCUCGGGCCGCGGUCUCCUCCGCCUGGUCGGUUGGUCGGAGUGUCUGUGGGUCCGUGCGACCGGGUCUCCCGCUUCGCCCUCGCCAUGGCGCCCUGGCUGCAGCUGCUGUCGCUGCUGGGGCUGCUCCCGGGCGCUGCCCCCGCGCCGUCCCGACCCCGGGCGGCUGGCGCUCAGGCCUGGGAGCCGCCGGCCGCGGAGCUGCUGAGGCCCGGCCGCUUCGCCCUGGAGAUGUACAACCGCGGCCGGGCUGCCGGGAGGCGGGCAGCGCUGGGGGCCGUCCGCGGCCGCGUUCGCCGGGACGGCCAGGGGUCAGUGUACUCCCUGGAGGCCACUCUGGAAGAGGAGCCCUGCAAAGACCCCACGGUGUGCCAGCUCCCUUUGUCCCAGAAAACCUUGCUCUGCAGCUUCGAAGUCCUCGAGGAGCUGGGGAAACAAGUGCUGCUGAGGCAGGACUGUGGCCCAGUGGAUACCAAGGUCACAGAUAACAGAAAUGAAACUUUGAAUUCAGUCCUUCCACUGCUGAACAAGGAUCCCCUGCCCCAGGACUUUUCCAUGAAGAUGGCUUCAAUCUUCAAGAACUUUAUGAUCACCUAUAACCGGACAUAUGAGACGAAGGAGGAAACCCAGUGGCGCAUGUCCAUCUUUGCCAAUAACUUGAUGCGAGCGCAGAAGAUCCAGGCCCUGGACCGUGGCACAGCUCAGUAUGGGGUCACCAAGUUCAGUGACCUCACAGAGGAGGAGUUCCGUACCAUCUACCUGAAUCCCCUCCUAAAAGAGGAUUCUGGGAAGAGUAUGCAGCAAGUCAAGGCCCCCAGUGAACCUGCCCCACCUGACUGGGACUGGAGGAAUAAGGGGGCCGUCACCAGAGUCAAGAACCAGGGCAUGUGCGGUUCCUGCUGGGCCUUCUCAGUCACAGGCAAUGUGGAGGGCCAGUGGUUCCUGAACCGGGGGGCCCUGCUCUCCCUCUCUGAGCAGGAGCUCUUGGAUUGUGAUGACGUGGACAAGGCCUGCAUGGGCGGCUUGCCCUCCAACGCCUACGCAGCCAUAAAGACUUUGGGAGGGCUGGAGACAGAGGACGACUACGGCUAUGAGGGCCACACGCAGGUCUGCAGCUUUUCUUUAGAGAAGGCCAAGGUCUACAUCAACGACUCAGUGGAGCUGAGCAAGAACGAGCAGAAGCUGGCAGCCUGGCUGGCCAUGAACGGCCCAAUCUCUGUCGCCAUCAACGCCUUUGGCAUGCAGUUCUACCGCCACGGGAUCGCCCACCCCCUCCGGCCCCUCUGCAGCCCUUGGUUCAUCGACCAUGCCAUGCUGCUUGUGGGCUACGGCAACCGCUCUGACAUUCCCUACUGGGCCAUCAAGAACAGCUGGGGCACCGACUGGGGUGAGGAGGGUUACUACUACUUGCAUCGCGGGUCUGGGGCCUGCGGUGUGAACAGCAUGGCCAGCUCGGCAGUGGUGGACUGAGGCACCCAGCAGCGCAGGACCUGGUGCUGACCAGAGCGGCCCCUUCCCUAGCCUGACCUGCAUGUCCAGGCCCCUCCGCAGGAGGCUCGGCUGAGGGGCGGGCACCGGGUACCUCGGGCUCGGUGAGCAGAGGGCACUGGGGCACGGCCCCUCCUUCCCUCCACCCACCCCCUCCUGAAGCCCCCCACCUGCACCUUUGUUGAAUUGUGGUAGCUAGGAGGAUCUUGGGGUGAAGGACGACAUCUCGGCAGCCGAAGCAGGGGCCAGAAUCCUGGGCUCGGGUAAGGAGCAGGUGGGGAGGAGAUAUUCUGAUCUGAAAGCCAGCUCAGCAGGCUUUCCUCAGCAGGCCCUGCCUUCCUGCCCCGGCUUGUCUCUGUCUAACGCUAUAAAUUUUCUGGUUCUCCUGGAUGGGACAGUGUCGCUUUCCAUGUCUAGAGAAACUGUUGCAACCACCCAUUUUUAACAGCAAUAAAGAGGUGUCCUGGUC